CUCCCGCACCGCGGCGGCAGCCGUGAGCCCCCUCAGUCCCGCGGCCGUUGGGCUGGCGGUUGGGCGGCCGUUAGCGGGACCCCUACCUGCGCGCCGGCUUUUGGCGGGCGCGGCUGAGGGGAAGGAGGAGGCGGCGGGGCACCAUGCCGGGCAGCGACACGGCGCUGGCCGUGGACAGGACGUACUCGGACCCGGAGCGGCACCGGCGCCGCAAGACGCGGGUGGAAAGACAUGACAUGAAUACCCUGAGUUUACCACUUAACAUUCGCCGUGGAGGCUCUGACACUAACCUGAACUUUGAUGUACCAGAUGGGGUCCUAGAGUUUCACAAAGUCAAACUCAGUGCAGAUAGCUUGAAACAGAAGAUUCUCAAGGUUACAGAACAAAUUAAAGUUGAGCAAACUGCUCGAGAUGGAAAUGUGGCUGAGUAUUUGAAACUGGUAAACAGUGCAGACAAGCAACAGGCUGGGCGCAUUAAGCAAGUCUUUGAGAAGAAGAACCAGAAAUCUGCCCACUCCAUUGCCCAGCUGCAGAAGAAAUUGGAACAGUAUCACAAAAAGCUCAAGGAUAUUGAACAAAAUGGAUCUUCUAGAACUACUAAGGAUACUUCUAAAGAUAACUUGAAAGAUAUUCAGCACGGAAAGCCUCGUACCUCUGGGCAUGGAACAGAGAGCAGCAAAUCGGGUGUGCCGGGUGUAUCUUUGACACCACCUGUCUUUGUUUUCAGCAAGUCUAGAGAGUUUGCAAACCUGAUCCGAAACAAAUUUGGUAGUGCAGACAACAUUGCUCAUCUCAAAAAUACCUUGGAUGAAUUUCGGCCAGAAACGAGCUCUAGAACAUAUGGGGGCAGUGCCACCAUUGUUGCCAAACCAAAAUAUGUUAGUGAUGAUGAAUGCUCAAGUGGAACCUCUGGCUCUGCAGAUAGUAAUGGGAACACUUCCUUUGGGCCUGCUGUGGCAAGUACCCUGGACAGCCAAGGAAAGCUUUCCAUGAUUUUGGAGGAGCUAAGGGAAAUCAAGGAGACACAGUCCCAAUUAGCUGAUGAUAUUGAGAAUUUAAAAACACAAUUUAAAAGAGACUAUGGCUUUAUUUCUCAGAUGUUACAAGAGGAAAGAUACAGAUAUGAAAGAUUGGAAGACCAAUUAAAUGACCUCACUGAUCUUCAUCAACAUGAGACAGCAAACUUGAAACAAGAGCUAGCCAGCAUAGAGGAGAAAGUGGCAUAUCAGGCAUAUGAGCGAUCACGAGAUGUUCAGGAAGCCUUGGAGUCAUGCCAGACCCGCGUUUCAAAGCUGGAACUCCAUCAGCAAGAACAGCAAGCACAGCAGUCCGAAACAGUUAAUGCCAAAGUGCUCCUGGGGAAAUGUAUAAAUGUUAUCCUGGCCUUCAUGACUGUCAUCCUAGUGUGCGUUUCUACUAUUGCAAAGUUCAUCGCUCCUAUGAUGAAGAGCCGUUUUCAUAUCAUCUGCACUUUUUUCGCAGUGACGCUGCUGGCAAUAUUUUGUAAAAACUGGGAUCAUAUCGUUUGUGCCAUAGAAAGGAUGAUUAUACCAAGAUGAAGCUGCUGGUCUGGCUGCUUUCUUUUUGUUUUGUUUUGGUUUGGGUUUUUUUUCCUUCCUUUCUUUUCUUUUUUCUUUCUACCCUUGUUUUUUAAGUGCUGUGUGUACACAAAUUAUUUUUUUGUCAGUUUAAAUGUGCUGGCUGGAUGGAGAAGGCUACAAAGACUCUUGGACUUUAAGGUGUAAAUACCUAAAUGCAGUCACUUGCCUGUUCAAUCCGAUUGUGUCUAGUUGGCUAUGUCUCUGAACUGCUCGCUUCUCUCAGUCUUCUGCCUUAAUCCAACGGGUUUUCCACUUUACAAACCCGCACCCACGAAAGAUGGUGUGGUGCUCUGGGAGGCAUCCAAGCAACUGCAAGUGUCAGGUGUGCUUUGUACCAGACUGGAGUGCAAAGAGUAUGAUCAGGAGGGAGCACACCAUAAUGUGUAUCAGCCCUGUUAGACUAAUAAGUUAAUUUCCUCUCUGAAUCCAGCUAGAAUGAUAAGCCAAAUUAUGCAGUCAUAUGUGUUACUAGUUCUUUAUUCUAAACUAAGGGGUAUCUGUAAAUGGGGUUUCUUGUUUUCAGGACUAGCAAAACUUGAUGCUUCUACUAGUAACCUUUUUGCACCGAGAGUUUAUUGUUUGUAAAUAGGCCAGUGAUGAUACUGACAACAGUUAGCGGGUGUUCUAUCCUGGCACUGUUACCACAUUUGGGAAACAGAAACAUGGCAUAAGACUUCCAAAGAUGAUCCAAAUUGAAUGACAAGAUAUCUAGACCACUUUGUGAAGGAGUAAAGCAGUAUGUAACUAACUGGUGGGUAAGUUGUCAUGCAGACCAAAGCUUGUUUCAAGCCCUGCAAUCUGCAAGGGGAAAGAAGUAUGCAGAAAUGAAACACUUAAGUUAGCCUUCGUUAGCACGGAAUUGUUGGGGUGCUCUAACUGAAUGCAGAGCAGAUAGGUAGUGGGACUCUGGGUACAGUGGAUUUAUUUUUUUGUGUCAGAUUAAGGAAUGUGGAAGAAGCAUGAGGGAAUAGCUUCUUAGGGGCGCAGGGAGUUAAAACUUCUGUAAAUAUACAAACACUGUGCAGACUCCCUUGACAAACAUUCCUGAAAAUAAUGUAUUAGUGUACAGUACCAUUACUAGGAAACAGGGUUAGUUUUGCCUUCUUACUGGAAUUUAUUUUGCUUGAUUUAAGAAUGGUAAAAAAAAUUUUCCUGAAAUCUGCUUGGCUCUUAGCCAUGGUAUAAAACAAGAACUUUAAUAAAACAAAACAACAACAAAGCACCAGAA